GGGGCCGACAGCCCGGAGCCGGGCGGGGGGCACGGGGUGGGCUCCGAGUUUGAUGUGCGGAGAGGUUGAAGUUUACAGAAACUCAUGUCAUUGUACUUUGACGGAGGAAAACAUCAGCAGUCUGGAGCUGACCCACCUGCAGGUGACUAGGAACUGUACGAAAUAGAACACAUUGUGACAUGGAGCAUGAGGUCGGCGACUCAGUACAAUACCUUGAAGGGUGGAUUGAUGUGCUUGGAAAUGGACUGCUGAAGAAAAUAACUCUCAAAUCUGGUAAUGCUCAGCUGGGUAAGCCUCAACCUAGCCAGAAUGUCAGCAUCUGGAUCAAGAUGAUGCAUGAAAAUAGGAAAGAAGUUGAAGACCCCCAAUAUAUUAGCUUCAUCAUAGGCGAAGGUGAUGUCAAUGAGGCUCUUGAGAUAUGUGUUCCGCUAAUGGAAGUAGAAGAAACCUCCCUGAUCCUCGCUGAUGUGAAGUUUUGUUACUUGAGUAAAGAAUGCCAGAAUGGUAGUCUGCCACCAGGAACCAAACUCCUCCUUGAAGUGAAGCUCUUAUCAGUCACUGGACGCAGUUUGGAGGAAAAAUCUGAGUCUGAGCAAUUGGAGUUAAUCAGCAGAGUACGAAAGAAAGGCAAUGACUGUUUCCAAAGUGAAGAAUAUCAGCUGGCAAUCGUUUACUACAAUUAUGCUGUGAAGAUGAUAGAGUCAGGUUUCACAGAUGAUUUAAAUGCUAUGAAAAAAAUAUUUCUAGAAGAAAAGGUAAAGUGUUACAGCAACAUGGCAGCCUGCCACUUAAAGACAAGAAACCUGAAGGAGACAGUAUCCUGCUGUGACGUUGUUCUACAACAUCAACCCCAUCAUUGCAAGGCCUUAUUCAGGAAGGGCAAGGUAUUGGCGCUGGAACAGAUGUAUCCCCUCUCCAUUAUCUUCUUAAAGAAAGCCUUAGCUGUGGAGCCAGGGCACCCAGAGAUUAAACAGGAAAUUGAUACUAUAAUUAAUACUUGGACGAAAAAGAAAAAAUUGAACUGUUUGGAGAAUUCAGAAUCAGACAGUAGGAUAUCUAUGCAUCCACUCUUCAUGAGUAUAUCAUGGAAGUGGAUGCUAGGAGUUGCUGCUGUUGCGUUGGGUAGUGUUGUUGUGUAUAAAUGGAGAUGAAUGCUAAUAAAAAGAGAACUUGUUAAACA